AUGAAUUUUUUACUUCUAGUCGGUCUGAUUGCGUUACAAUUGGUCAUACCAGCCCGUAGUGACCAUGGAGGCUCUGAUAUUCAACCAGGAGGGCCAAAACUGCCUCAGCUUUCAAAUGCGCAACUUAGAGCGUUUGCGAAUUUACAUCAAGCGAGGAGCGCCUGGCAGAGUCAAAACGGCACGUAUGUAAUCGCAAGCCCCUGCAAAAAGGGGUUCAAGAAGCCCACCUAUAAGCUCUCCGCCUUCCAGUUCAACAAGACGACCACAGAAGCGGGUCAUAGGAGCAUGGCACACUUCCUGUUACACGAUGUUGCGAAUAACGAAACGACUUCGUGUACGACCCCUUAUCUACAAGACCCGAACAAGCCGAUGUGGAAUAAUUGUGAAGGCGAUAAAAAUGCGGUAUCGCCGAAGACCAUAUUCAAGUAUAAAGCUGCCGCUAGCGAAGUUGAGAUCAGCCAGAUGUGGAUAUGCGAGGUCGAAAAUAAGACUCAUCCUCUAUCUUACUUCUCAUCCGCGAAGACUCAACUUACCGGACUCUUGAAGUGUGUGGAAGAUCCUACACAGACAAGAUGCGUAGUCGCGGACGAGAAGAUAUCGUCAUUCGACGGGGACUACGUAACCCCGGUCUGGAACUCCGAUUCCGUGAAGAUAAUUCCACCAUCUGAAGAGGAAGUCCUGGGCACGCCGUGGAACGAAACUCCUUGCAUCGGUACUUCUUUCAGUUAUCCGGACUGGGAUGUGCAGAACAUGACUCGCGAGGAAGGCGAUGAUGGGACGACUUGGAGUUUCCGCUUGAGCAACCAUGCUAAUAACCAGUCUGUGACAUGCGCUGCUAAAGGUAGAAAGUGGUCCGCUUGCGAUAGCACUUCGACGGAAGUACGGUUUUCCGAGGAGACGAAGGAGCUCUCGAUUAACCAGACGUGGGUAUGCAACGGAGGGGAGAAGUAUCCAAAAGACGUGACCUUCCGAGCCAUUGGAACCGCACCCAUCGACAUCGAAUCCGAUAAAUCAACUUACAUCAAGGGAUCACUAACCGAGCCGAUCGAGCUAACCCCGAACGUCGCCCCCGAAGGCGUCAACCACCCGGGCUGCCUCGAGACCUCCGAGACGCCGACGUGGACCGUCACCUCAUGGGAGUGGAACGAGAUAUGGCGCGGCGGCUUCGGCACGGGGAACCUGACGGCGACCUUUCUCAACCCCGCGACCGGGUUCCGCCUCACGUGCACGGGCGACGGCGAGGAGCUCAACCGCGACGGGCGCUACGGUCACGACCGCUGGUGGGGCUGCGCCCUCGCCCGCUCGCCCUUCGACGACUUCCGCAUCCUGUCCGCCAUCCGCCUGAACCCCCUCACGGGCGUCUUCGCCAUCGACCAGCGCUGGCAGUGCAACGGCCACCACGGCAAGCCCCCCGCUAGGUUCCGCGCCGUCGGCGACGCGGAAACCAGCCUGGCGUGCGCGUGGACCAACGACACCUCGGCCGGCGUGUUCGUCAAGACCUGCCGACAGACGCAGCUCCCGCUGGCCGUGCGCGGCGCCGUGACGGAGCGCAGCGAGCUCCCGCCGACGGCGUUCUUCGAGCUCCCGCCCUCGGGGUACAGCUGCACGAUCGCGUCCGUGCUCGCGACGCAGUGGCGCGCGGGGUUCACGUCGGACGCGGUGUACGCGGGGCCGACGUCCGCGCGGACGUUCGGGACCAACGUGCGCUUCGGGAUCCAGUUCAUGGCCAUCGACGGGUACCAGGCCGUCGAGUACGAGGGUCUCGACACGACGCCCUACCUGCCGACGAGCCGCCCGGCGCGCUGGUACGAGUGCAAGGAUUACAUAAAUGGGGUGCGGUCGUCGAAUGCGUGGGACCGCCAGUCCCUCGAGUGCAUGUGGCAGGUUGAUCUCGCGACGGGGUAUAUGGCGAUAAAUCACACGUGGUUUUGUGAUGAUAAGGACCCUGAACACCCGAUCAUCUUCACAGGCUACGGGAGCAGGUUCUACAACAUGUCUUGCUACGUCUACCGUAAGGACGACGAGAUCUCGUGCGGCGUGCUGGGGUUGAACCCGCCACCUAUCUUGCCGACGCAUCUGUCGUGGAAGAACGUCCCGGCUGCAGAGCUAAAGGCUUUAGAAGUCGGGUUAGGUAUUUGA